GGCAGGCGGGCGGCGCCAGGACCCCCCGUCUCCCGGGGGCAGCAUCAUGGUCCGGGAGACUAGGCACCUCUGGGUGGGCAACCUGCCGGAGAACGUCCGCGAGGAGAAGAUCAUCGAGCACUUCAAGCGAUAUGGACGUGUUGAAAGUGUCAAAAUUCUCCCCAAAAGGGGAUCGGAAGGUGGCGUGGCAGCCUUUGUGGAUUUUGUGGACAUUAAGAGUGCGCAGAAGGCACACAAUUCUGUCAACAAAAUGGGAGAUAGAGACCUUCGGACGGAUUAUAACGAACCAGGAACCAUUCCUAGUGCUGCUCGGGGAUUGGAUGAUACAGUUUCCAUAGCAUCUCGUAGUAGAGAGGUUUCUGGGUUCAGAGCUGGUGGUGGGCCCACGUAUGGCCCACCACCAUCACUUCAUGCACGGGAAGGACGUUAUGAGCGGAGACUUGAUGGGGCUUCAGAUAACAGGGAGCGUGCUUAUGAACCUAGUGCCUAUGGACACCACGAACGGGGGACAGGAGGAUUUGAUCGCACAAGACAUUACGAUCAGGAUUAUUACAGAGAUCCUCGGGAACGAACUUUACAACAUGGACUCUAUUACAGUUCUCGGAGCCGCAGCCCGAGCCGCUUUGAUGCUCACGACCCUCGUUAUGAACCUCGGGCUCGGGAGCAGUUUACUUUGCCCAGUGUGGUACAUAGGGACAUCUACCGGGAUGACCUCACGAGGGAGGUACGAGGUAGAAGGCCAGAACGGAGUUACCAGCACAGCAGGAGCCGGUCACCCCAUUCAUCCCAGUCCAGGACCCAGUCUCCUCAGAGGCUGGCCAGCCAAGCGUCAAGACCCACCCGGUCACCCAGUGGAAGCGGUUCGAGGAGCCGGUCUUCAAGCAGCGAUUCAAUCAGCAGCAGCAGCAGUACCAGCAGUGACAGCAGUGACUCUAGUAGCAGUUCGAGUGAUGAAUCUCCAGCCCGUUCAGUUCAGUCGACGGCUGUUCCAGCCCCCACCUCCCAGUUGCUUCCACCUCUGGAAAAAGAUGAACCUCGUAAAAGUUUUGGGAUUAAGGUUCAGAAUCUUCCUGUGCGUUCUACAGACACCAGCCUCAAAGACGGGCUGUUCCAUGAAUUCAAGAAGUACGGGAAGGUGACCUCCGUACAGAUCCAUGGGGCCUCUGAAGAGCGAUACGGCCUUGUAUUCUUCCGGCAGCAGGAGGAUCAGGAGAAAGCCCUGAAUGCCUCCAAAGGGAAGCUGUUUUUUGGCAUGCAGAUCGAAGUGACUGCUUGGAUAGGGCCAGAAACUGAAAGCGAGAAUGAAUUCCGGCCAUUGGAUGAAAGGAUUGAUGAAUUUCACCCUAAAGCCACAAGGACCCUCUUCAUUGGUAACCUUGAAAAAACCACCACAUAUCACGACCUUCGCAACAUUUUUCAGCGUUUUGGAGGAAUAGUGGAUAUUGACAUUAAGAAAGUGAAUGGGAUUCCUCAGUACGCGUUCCUGCAGUACUGUGACAUUGCCAGUGUCUGCAAAGCAAUCAAAAAGAUGGAUGGAGAGUACCUUGGAAACAAUCGCCUCAAGCUGGGCUUUGGGAAGAGCAUGCCCACCAACUGCGUGUGGCUGGACGGACUAGCAACCAACCUCACGGAUCAGUAUUUGACCCGGCAUUUCUGCCGCUACGGUCCCGUGGUGAAGGUGGUGUUUGAUCGCUUAAAAGGCAUGGCUCUCGUUCUCUACAAUGAGAUAGAAUAUGCACAAGCUGCUGUCAAAGAGACCAAGGGGAGGAAAAUCAGCGGGAAUAAAAUUAAGGUGGAUUUUGCAAACCGGGAGAGCCAGCUGGCAUUCUAUCAUUCUAUGGAAAAGACGGGUCAGGACAUUAGAGACUUCUAUGAAAUGCUUGCAGAAAGAAGAGAUGAAAGGAGGGGUUCCUAUGACUAUGCUGCCGACCGUACGUACUACGAGGCUGUCCGGGCACCGGGGACGUAUCCGGAAGAUCCUCGGCGGGAGUACCCAGCUCGAGGCAGGGACUUCUACGCUGACUGGGACCCUUACCAAGGAGACUAUUACGACCCGCGGUAUUACGAUGACCCCAGGGAAUACCGGGACUACCGGGGAGACCCUUACGAGCAAGACAUCCGGGAGUACAGCUACCGGCAGCGCGAGCGCGAGCGCUUCGAGUCGGACCGAGACCACGAAAGGCGAGCCCUGGAGAGGAGCCAGAGCCCCACCCAUUCCCGGCGGCCGCAGAGUCCCGGGGCCUCCCCCUCGCAGUCGGAGAGGCUCCAGAGCGACUCCGAGAGGAGGGUCUACAGUCGGUCUUCGGAGCGCAGUGGCAGCUGCAGCUCCCUUUCCCCACCCCGCUACGACAAACUAGACAAAGCCCGCCUCGAGCGAUACGCCAAGAACGAGAAACCGGAAAAGGAGCGUGCUUUCGAGCAAGAGCGGCCAGAUAAAGAGAAGCGCCUGGCGAGGAAAGAGAAGCCGGAGAAACUUGAAAAAGAUAAACCGGAGAAGCCAAAGCGCAAGGCCAAAGCGCAUUCUCCCAGCUCCCCGUCUUCGGAGACCGACCCGGAAAACGAAAGGGAGCCCAGCCCCGAGAAAGCCAAAGGCGGUGGCAAGCAGAACCGGGAGAGGGCCGAAAAGGAGGGGGCCGCCAAGAAUCGGCUGGAUUUGAUGCCAUGCGUGGUGCUGACCCGAGUGAGAGAGAAAGAAGGGAAAGUGAUCGACCAGCCUCCCCUGGAGAAGUUAAGAGGGAAGCUGGAGAGCGACCCUGUCAAGCCUCCCCUGCCUGAACAAAAAAUGCAGGUUUCCCAGGCGGAUCAGACCAAGCCGGACCCAUCGAAGCUCGAAUCCGUGAGAACCAAGGUGCCCAAAGAGAAGGUCCUGGCCAGUCACGUUGAGGUGGUGGACAAGGAUGGGAAACCAAGGCCUAAGAAGCACCUGAAGACAGACCCCUCUGGUGAAGUGGCAUAUCCGGUGGAUCUAGAAAAGCUGGAGGCUCGCAAAAGACGUUUCGCUGAGGCAACCCUAAAAUCUGAGAAGCAAAAAAUGGAAAUCAAAAGAAUUGGUCAGGAGGAAGAGGAAACCCGAAUUAUUUUGAAAAAGCAGAUUGAUAUGGGUGAAUCUGAAAGGAAACCCUUGAGAAAAGAGACAAUUAAAAGGGAAACCAAGAAAAUCAAGCUAGAAAGACUUUCUGCUGUUGCCAGUCCCAAAGACGCCACAGAGCCGACAGGUCUUUCUGUGGGCGUCAGUUCCCGGCCCCUUUUAGAGCUCCAGUCCAGGCUGGGGGAAGUGACCGACGAGCCCCCAGAAGCCCUUGAGUUCUCCUCUCGGAAGGCAAAUUCCAUAAAGCUGCAGUACAAACAUGCACAGCUGUUAGAUGACCCGGGAGCAGAGAGAGAUGACCUUUGGAAGAGCUACUGCAGUCUUCCUGAGGAAGUCCCUGACCAUAAAGCUAUCCAAGACAAGCCGCCUUCGUCAGAUAUUGAGGAGAAAAUCCCCAUUGACAUCGAUCACACGCAGAGCUACCGUAAGCAAAUGGAGCUGAGCCGGCGGCUGAAGCAGCAGAUGGAAAUGGAGACUGCGAAACAUGAGAAGUUUGGCAGUCCGAAGAGAGACCUGGAUGAGUACGAGCGGCGUAGUCUGGUGCACGAAGUAGGGAAACCGCCGCAGGACGUGACGGAUGACUCCCCACCGAGCAAGCGGAAGAAGUCCUCCGAGGCUUUCGAGUUUGAGGUCGGCGCCAAGAGAGAGAGGAACUACAGAAGCUCCCGCCAGGUGAGCGAAGACUCCGAGAGAACUGCUGGUUCUCCUAGCCUGAGACCCUUCCCGUUCCACGAGGAGGAUGAGGUGCUGGAUUCUCCCAGGCUGAUAGCUUUCAAAGAAACGAAAGAAUCACCUAGAAUGGAAGAAAAGGGGCCUCCCUAUUCAAAUGUGUCCACGAUGGAAGAUUCCUUGAAAUUCAAUCCUUACGACUCUAGCAGAAGAGAGCAGAUGGUAGAAAUAGCUAAGAUAAAGCUGUCUGUGCCGAGUUCGGAGGAGGAACCGACCCGAUGGGACACCCAGGUGAAGCAAGAGCCUGGCCGGGUGGACGUCAGCUUCCCGAGCAGCAUCGUCAAGCGGGAUAGCAUACGGAAGCGGUUGGCCCGGGACCUGGAGCCGGGGGAGGUGCCCUCUGACUCCGACGACGAAGGCGAUGCCAAGCCCCAUUCUCCCAAGCCCUCUUCUUUCCUGGAGAGCUCCAGAUUGUCUUUUUUAUUAAGAGAUAGGGAAGAGAAGCUACGCGAGAGGGAGGAGCGGUUGCCGGCUUCCUUAGAAAGGAAUAAAUUUUAUUCUUUUGCUUUGGACAAGACAAUCACACCGGAUACAAAAGCCUUGCUUGAGAGGGCCAAGUCUCUCUCUUCGUCAAGGGAAGAAAAUUGGUCCUUUCUUGACUGGGAUUCAAGAUUUGCAAGUUUUAGAAACAAUAAGGAUAAAGAGAAAGUGGAUUCUGCACCGAGGCCAAUCCCCUCAUGGUAUAUGAAAAAGAAGAAAAUCAGACCGGAUUCAGAAGGGAAGCUGGACGAUAAGAAGGAAGAUCACAAAGAAGAAGAGCAGGAAAGGCAAGAGCUCUUUGCCUCGCGGUUCUUACACAGCUCGAUUUUUGAGCAGGACUCCAAGCGCCUGCAGCAUUUAGAAAAGAAGGAUGAGGACCUCGACUUCCUUCCGGGCAGGUUGUAUAGCAGGCAGGCGUCUCUGGACGGGGCCAACAGCAUAUCGGACUUCAUGCCGGAGCCAGUGGUUCUCUUCCACAGCAGGUUUGUGGAGCUCACCCGCAUGCAGCAGAAGGAGAAGGAGAAAGACCAGAAGCCCAAAGAGGCAGAGAAGCAGGAAGACAAGGAAAAUCGGCCCAUGACGCCAGAAACCACAUUGGAUCAUAACGAACCAGAGCACAAGUCUCCCAUCCCGCUUGGCCCAUUGCCAGGUGCCCACGCCUUGCCAGAGCCCCUGCCCCUCUUUCCAGAGAAAGGGAGUGAGAAGCCCACUGCGGAGUCGCCCUCUUCUUUCAGGGAGGAUAAACCCCUGGAGCCCGGGCCUGCGGUCGAAGCCCCAAAGUCCCUCCCUGAGGCCCUUCCGCCUGUCAAGAGCGAUCCACCUGAGCACACCGAAGCGCCUCCUGCGAUGGACAGUAGCAGAGACGGUGCCCUUUCUGUGGCAGCUCCGGAGGAGGAGUCCAGAUCCAUAGAAAAUCCUUCCUAUUUGGAUACCAAACCGCCAACCCCCGGGUCUUCCUUCUCCCAAGCUGUAAUUGGUGCAGACCCAGAAACCGAACUCGUCUCACUACCCCACAAAUUGGCAGCCAAAUCCGAGGAGCUGCCUGAGCCUAAAGAAGACCCUUUUUCCCCAGCCGUUACCGUGGAAUCCGGAGCGGGCCAGAAAGUGGAGGCCGUUGUCGAGGUCCUGCCUGCAGUUUCUGACACAGAGAUGGAAGCUGAGCCGCCUGUUGUGAAAGACAAAAAGUUAUACAAAAACAGACGUUCCAAAACCCCCGUUCAGUCUGUAGUGGCGAGUGUGGCAGAGAAGCCAGUCACGAGGAAAAGUGAAAGGAUUGAUCGUGAAAAGCUGAAACGGUCAGGCUCUCCCCGGGGGGAAGCACUGAAGCUUUUGGAGCCGAGAGCAGAAACGGAGAAGGGGUCCAGAAACCCUGCUAAAUCUCCCAGCGCUGCAGUGGCUGAGCCAGAAAACCCUGAGCCCAGUUUGCCGGUUGGCCGAACGAGGCGCAGAAACGUGAGGUCCGUCUAUGCGACCACAGGAGAUCAUGACGUGCCCCCGUCUGUUAAAGAGUCUGCUGAGGUAACCAGGCCGACCAGAAAAAGGAUCGAGCGAGAACCGCCUGACCCGGCAGCUAUUCCCACCCCUCCAAGAAGAGGCCGACCUCCCAAGGCACGUCGCAAACCCGAGGAGGAAAUUUCUCCUGUUAAAGCCGAGCUGGCGCAGCAGCAUGAGGUGGAAGAGGCAGACGGGAAGGAGGUGGCGGAGACCCCUAAGCCUGUGGAGGGCUGGCGAUCGCCCAGGUCACAGAAGCUGCUGCACAGCCAGGCAUUGGCGGCUAAAAAGGGCAGGAAUGAGCCCAAGGCUGAGGUUUCCCCAGAGCCCGAGGAGGCCCCCGACCCACCCGGCCAAGGACUGCACAUCAGUGAAAACUGCGGCAAGCUCAAGGUGGAGAAGGAGGCCGUCCUGAAUGAGCCAAAGCGAGACCGGAAGGAAGUGGAGAUGCCUAAAAACGUGUCAGAAGCCUGCCCGGUUGAAAUUGUUGAAAGAAAGUUUAUUCCAGAUAAAGCCACCACCAAGAGGGGACGGUCGAGGAACAUCAAGGCUGUCGAUAAAGCAUCUCUGAUUAAGAGCCUAAAAAAUGUGGAAAUCCGCCUCAAUGUGGAUGAAGUGAAAGGGGCGCUGCGGCCCAGCGAGGACGAAGGGGAGCCCGUGCCCCCCUUCCCAGCCAAGAGCAAAAGCCCCCUGAAAGAAGAGAAGCUCUCUCCCCACGUCCUGAAGGGCGAGGCUGAAGGCGCUCUCCAGGAGGCGAGGAAGGAAGCUGCCUGCGAAUCGACUCAGCCUCCAGAGGCCGACCAGCUGGCCAAGCAGAUUGAACUCGAGCAGGCGGUGGAGAACAUCGCCAAGCUAACGGAAGGCCCGGCCAUCGCGGCCUACAAGGAGCAGCAGGCGGCUGAGGUGUCUGACGUCCGCCAGGAGGAAGAGGGAGAUAAACCGGCCCAUCAGGCUAGCGAGACUGAGCUGGCAGCUGCCAUAGGGUCCAUCAUAAAUGAUAUUACUGCAGAGGGAGAAAGUUUUGCGGCUCCCCCAACGUACCCUGCCGAGUCGGAGUCCGACAUGCCCAGCGAGCCCUUGGUGUUGCCUCCUGCGCGAGAGGAAAUGGAGCCUGAGACAGACCAGGCAGUGAGCAACAUCCUAGAAGCAGAAGCUGCUUCGGGCGAGCCACCAGGCCCUGGCUCAGCUGCAGAGGCAGAAAGCAAAGAAACCGAAGUGAGCUUAAGCGAAUCUUCAAAUUCUGCCCAGGAGGCAGAAACCUCUCAGGAGGUCGAGGUGUCUCGGAAGGAGCGAGGACGCCAGAAGUCCACGCGACCCAGGCGUAAGCGAAGCACCAGCAAGAAAGGGGACAUUGCAGAACUUCGGACGCUUGAACCCGAAAGAGCACGGAGCAAAUCCCCCGGAGCCCCAGAAAUGAAAGGAACAGCUGAAGGGGCCCUAUCAGAUGACAGCCAGGGAAAACACUCCCCUCCAGCAGGGUCCCCCCACCUGGGAAUUCCUGAGACGAGUACAGCCAGACCCCUGGAGGCAGCUUCGCAGGACCCCCUUCCCGAGAGCGGCCCCGAUCCCUCAGAUGGGCCACUGCCCUCAGUUCCUGUUGACGAGGGGGGUCGGAGUGGGUUCAGACCCAGGCCGGUGACUGAGAGUGUUCCCGUCACCCCCCCGGAGGCCCUGAGCACACCUUUGCCAACAGUUCCCACAGGAGCAGCAGUGAAGCUUCCCGCGGUGGUUCAGGCUGGAGUGGUUCCUCUUCAUUCCAGCGCCACAAAGGUGACUGAGUGGAUCGUGAAGCACGAGGAAGCUCGGUCCCGCUCUACCCCGCCGCCAGCUCUUCCCCCUGAUACAAAAGCAUCGGACAUAGACGCAAAUUCCAGCACUUUGCGCAAGAUCCUGAUGGAGCCCAAGUACGUGUCUGCGACCGGCGUGGCCUCCACGCAUGUCACAGCAGCCCUCGCCGAGCCUGUGAGUGCUCUUCGCGUGGAGGAGGCAUCCCUUCACCCUCCGCCAGAGGUUUUGAGGCCAGGUCCAGAGGAGAAGUCUCCCGUUCCCACCACAAAUAAUUUGGAAUUGCCCGUCGCGGAGGCCCCCGUUUUUAUGGAGAAAGAGAAGGCGGCGGCUGUCCUUGCCCCGAAGGCCACCUCGGUGAUCAGCAGAAUGCCCCACAACCUCGACCUUGAGGAGACCCCCAGGAUUGCCCUGGUGAAGCAAGUGCCCCAGCCCCAGACGUGCCUGGUCAACGCUGUUUCGCCCAAGUACAAGCAGAGGCCCAGCCCCAACGACAACAGCCGGUUCCAUCCUGGUUCGAUGUCCGUGAUCGAGGAUCGGCCGGUGGAGACAGGCUCCAGCCCAGGCCUUCGCGUCAACACGUCCGAGGGUGUGGUUCUCCUGAGCUACUCGGGACAGAAGACAGAAGGUUCUCAGCGGAUCAUCGCGAAAAUUAGCCAAAUCCCCCCGGCCAGCGCCGUGGACAUCGAAUUUCAGCAGUCAGUGUCCAAGUCCCAGAUUAAGCAGGAGCCCCUUGUCCCCCCCCAGUCGAUGCCAAAGGGCUCCCCCGCCCCGGUGGGAUAUGGGAGCGCCUCCGCCCCCUCCUUGGUCCUGGGCACUCAGCAGUACAGCCCCUCCCCUGUGCUCUCUGCCGUCAAGCAGGAACGCAGCGGCAGCCUGGAAAAGCACGACUCGGCCCCAGCGCCUGCUGCUCAGUCUUGCCCCAUCAAAGUGCUCUCCUCCCAGGCUGCCAACACUCCCUCCAUACUCGUCCACAACCAGAUGGUCCUCUCUCAGACGAUCACCUCUUCCGCCAACAAAAAGCUCCCAGACCCCACGUCUCUGAAAGGGGAGAGCAAGUCGCUUCAGCCCGCCAACUUGAGCCCUGGGGUCGGUCCUCACCAUCCUUCCUUGUCUGGCAAGCUGCAUCCAGAAGCCAACCACGUGAGCACGGGCCCCGGUGUUCCUGCGGACAGAGCAAUGCCUCACUUGGGGGUCGCCAAGCAGGAGCCGCUUUCCCCCCGGACCAGCGGGCAUUCUCCGUCUCCCUUUCCGAGAGCUUGUCACCCGGGGGGGCCCUCAUCCCCUGCGUUGUCGGGGAAUAACUCCAUGCUGGGGCUUCAGGGGUCUCCUUGUCCAGGGAUCCCUGUGCCACAGUACAUCUCCAGUAUGCACCCGGAGCAGUCCGUGAUCAUGCCCCCGCAUAGCGUAACCCAGACCGUGUCCCUGGGCCAUCUCUCCCAGGGGGAAGUGCGGAUGAACACCCCUCCGCUGCCUGGCAUUCCUUACAGCCUCCGCCCCGAAGCACUGCACUCCCCGAGGGCCGCCCUGCAACCUCAGCGGUCGAGCACACCCCAGCCGGCCCCCAUCAGGGAGAUUGUCAUGCCGCCUCUGUCUUCCCAGCACGCCUCUGAAGAAGAGAUGCACUACCACCACCCGGCGUGCCGUGGCUCAGCCCCCGUGCAGUCUGAUGUCCUGGUCAUGCAGCCGGACUACCGCGUGCAUCCGGCAGGCAUCCGGCUCGACCAGUACAGCGUUCCCCGGGACGUGAGAGUGAUGAUGCAUCCGCACAUGGCAGCGGUGGGCGGCGACCACCACCCGGAGCCACGGCAGUCCAGGACGCCGGAAGGGAGGUCCGUGAAGACGCCUCCGGCCACCAAGGCGGGCAAAGAGACACCCAAGGCUUCCGAAGUCAAGAUGGCCCACUCACCCCACAGCGAACCCCGGCUCCUCAGCGGUCAGCUUCCGGGACUGCCUUUGGCGCAGCCGGUGGUUGUACCUCAUGGUGUGCAGAUUAUGCACCCCAGCGGGACCUCCUUCCAUGACUAUCGGCCCGUGUAUGGGGACAUGCGAAGCUACCACCCGGCGGCUCAGCUUGGCCACCCUCCGUUUUCUGGGAGCUCGCCGAUUGGGCUUCCUUCCCGGAGCAUGACCCCCUCCCAGGGUGUGCCUGAAGGGGAACAUUCGCACCCCAGCCAGCCAGCUCACAGCAAAACACCUCAGAUCUCCCAGGAGCCUAAAGGGGCCCAGGCAACAGGGCCAGACCCUUCCCUCCACCCCGUGGUCAACCGGCAUGUCCAGCAGAUGGAGCCCCACUUGCACCCGAGCCAGACCUCCUACCCUUCUCCUGUCGCUGUGUCAGUGAAGCAGGAGCUCCCCUCUUCCCAUCAGGCUCAAGUUCAAAAGCCAGCCCUCUUUAUUCCAACUACUGCUGGUCCUGGGGCAGCGCCAGGGCCGCCCUUGCCCCGGUCCGAAUCACAGUCGGUGCUGAAGCAGGAUCCUGCUGGUCACCUGGUUGCUCAGAGACCAGUGGACAUGGUCCAGCUGCUGACGAAAUACCCCAUUGUGUGGCAGGGGCUCCUGGCCUUGAAGAACGACACUGCGGCCGUCCAGCUGCACUUUGUUUCUGGUAACAACGUCCUGGCACACCGCUCCUUGCCAGCCCCAGAGGGUGGCCCUCCACUGAGGAUUGCCCAGCGUAUGAGGCUGGAAGUCCAGCAGCUGGAUGGGGUGACCCGCCGGAUGACAGUGGAGAGCGACUACUGCCUGCUGCUGGCUCUGCCCUGUGGCCGAGACCAAGAGGAUGUGGUGAGCCAGACCGAGUCGCUCAAGGCGGCCUUUAUUAGCUACCUGCAAGCAAAGCAAGCUGCUGGCAUCAUAAAUGUUCCCAAUCCAGGCUCCAACCAGCCUGCUUACGUCCUACAGAUCUUCCCACCUUGUGACUUCUCGGAGAGCCACCUCUCCCGGCUGGCGCCGGACCUCCUUGCCAGUAUCUCAAACAUCUCUCCCCAUCUGAUGAUUGUUAUUGCAGCUGUCUGAGUGACUCAGCGGAACGGACAUUGCCCUCCCUGGCCCUGCGGCAGGAGGAGAGAGAGAGUGAAAAAAGGAAGGAACUGGAUCCUCCCGUCCCCGCUGGGCCUCGAUCAAACCCUCGCAGGGUGGUGGUUCCCACGGCCUUGAAUGUUUACAUACGGGCUUUUGCGAAGAUGGACUUUGGAGGCACCCCAGAGGCAGAUGGAGCCUGGGCUUCUUGUCUCCUAUGGGGGAGACUAAAGGAAGCCUGUUUUUUUUAAUUUGACAGCUAACUAUAGAAAACGAGGAGGAAGAGGAGGAACCAGAACUGCCUUUGCACUAAAUUUGCGACUUUGGACCUUUGCACAGUUGAAGAGUUGUUGUGGUGUGCCGGAUGGAUGUCUCAGUACACACACACCAGCUGGCGGUGUGGACUUCAGAACACAGGACCUUCUGCUCCGGUCUGUGGGUCGAGGAGCAUUUCUCCCUCUCGCUCGGAUCUCCAGGAAAAAGCCCCCCCCCCCCCGCCGUUUCUCUUCUCCAUCCUGGAUGUACAGUUUACACUGAAGCAAAGCAAAACCUAAAAAGGAGAGCUAUUUUUCCUUCUUGGUGGGAUACGCAGGACUCCGUGGGUGUGUGUAUAUAUAAAUAUAUAUAUAUAUAUAAAAUAUAUAUAUAUAUAUAAAAUAUAUAUAUAUAUAUAUAAUACUGACUCGAAAGAAAUCUGAUCCCCACAACAUACUUUUUUUUUAAUCUGUGCCAAAAAAGAUGUGUUUUCAAAGAAAAUCUUAUUUUCAUACUCCAACUUUGUAUUUGUCACUCAUUUGUAAGUGCGCUUCAUUCAGACACGGGCUGCCCCGCCUCUGCUCAGCCCGUGGAAGGUGUCACCCACUGUACAGACUUUCUAUCCGCCUUCUCUGGUCCUUCUUCUCCUAAGACUUAAUUUAUGGAACUGUUUUCUCAGCGCAGUUUUGUUUUGUGUGUCCAUUGGAUUACAGACUUUAUUAAAAAAGACAAAGCA